AUGUGUAAAAAAUAUGAUGAUGAAAAUUCACCAAAAGACAGAUUUAAACCCAACCAGCUUAAGGAAAAUAAUCAAAAUUUAUUCGACACAAGUGCUCUUAAACUAAAAGAAAGAUUAGGAAAAAAUUGGGAAAUAACUCAAGAAACUGAAAGAAAACAAGCAGCAGAUAAACUUCUACUGAACAUGAAUAUAAAAAUGGGAAGCAAAUUGCCAUCAAAAAAUAUUACAGAAUACAGAAAUACUUCAGAAGAUUAUGACGAUGAAAAAAAUAAUGAUGAUUAUUGUGAAAAUACUGGAAGUGAAGAUGAAAACUGA